AUGCAACUGAACCAUCAUCAGCAGCAAGUAUCGUCAUUUUUUUCCCACGAUAAAAACCGACCAUUAUCAACUUUAUCAUUAAAUCGUCGUUCGCAAAAUCAUCAAAAACGAAAAUUAAAUGACAUUAUUCAUCCAACACCAACAACAAAAAAAAAACAUAUUUCACUUAACGAAUAUCAUCAACGUAAAAAUGGCUCUCAUUUGUCUUCUUCUGUUCCGAUUGGUGUAUCUACUAUUUCAUUUGACAAACAAGUAAUAAUUUCUCCCUCUGUUAACAAAACAGAUAUACAAAGGUCACAGGUUCAGUCAGAUGAUCCUAUAUCAAGUGUAAAAUUAAUGAAAAAAAGUAAUUUGAUCGAUCCAUCGAUAAUAAGAAGUUCAACAGCCACAAAGAAGAAAGUUAUUUGGGCAACAAAAUUAGUAGAAGUAAGACUAUAUGAGCAAGAUGGUCAUGUUGAUGUUCAUUAUUCAAAUAAUGUGAAUAAAAAAAUCUCCAUGUCAAAAUUGGACAAUGUUCAAGAAUUUCAUUAUUUAAAACAAGCGCGAACAUCUCCAUUAAAUUUAAUACGAAUAAUUUUACCUGAUUCAGUUAAACGUCAACGAGAAAUAAACAGUAUUGAAUUAAAACAUCAACAAGAACGUGAAUUAACUAUAUUACAGACAAUUUAUGUUGGUAUUGAACAACAACCAAUGUCACCUGAUGUCUAUGAAAUACCUUCAGAUGAUCAUUAUCCAAAAAUAAUGUCAUUAGAAAGACAAAGUGAUGUUAUAAUAUUAGAUUAG